GGGGAAGAUAUUUGCCGAUGUACCCGGAACUGUUGCCAGGAUAUCCUUACCUUUGUGCGGUUGCGCGGCAGUGGGUUCUGAUAGCCUAGGCAACCGAGAUAUUCUCAGGCUUGCUAGAGCACCACCUUUCCUCGCGGCUUGGGGGACCCUGCGGUGGCGAUGGCUCCAGUAUCCGGCUCGCGCAGCCCAGGGCGGGAGGCCACGAGUUCCGGGGGGAGACGUCGCAGUUCAUCCAGGAGCCCCAAACCCAGCAAAUAUACCCGCUCCCCGCGGGGCCGCCGCUCUCGCUCCCACUCUUGCUCUCGGUCCGGGGACCGAAAUGGACUCAGCCAUCAGCUGGGUGGCUUCAGCCAAGGCUCCCGAAACCAGUCCUACCGCUCCCGUUCGCGGUCGCGUUCCCGAGAGCGGCCCUCUGCACCGCGGGGCACCCCCUUCGCUUCUACCUCCUCGUCCGCCUAUUAUGGCAGCUACUCGCGCCCCUACGGGAGUGACAAACCGUGGCCCAGCCUCCUCGACAAGGAGAGAGAGGAGAGCCUGCGGCAGAAGAGAUUAAGUGAGAGAGAGAGGAUUGGAGAAUUAGGAGCUCCUGAAGUGUGGGGACUUUCUCCAAAGAAUCCUGAACCAGACUCUGAUGAACAUACACCAGUAGAGGAUGAAGAGCCAAAGAAAAGCACUACUUCAGCUUCUACUUCAGAAGAAGAAAAAAAGAAGAAGAAGAAGUCGAGUCAUUCAAAAGAAAGGUCCAAGAAAAGGAGAAAGAAAAAAUCAUCUAAAAGAAAACGCAAGAAGUAUUCUGAAGAUAGUGACAGUGACUCUGAUUCUGAAACAGACUCUAGUGAUGAAGAUACAAAAAGGAGAGCAAAGAAAGCCAAGAAAAAGGAAAAGAAGAAGAAACGCAGAUCGAAGAAAUAUAAGAAAAAGAAGUCUAAGAAGAACAGAAAACAGUCCAGUGAUUCAAGCUCUAAGGACUCCCAGGAAGAGUUUUUAGAGAAUCCUUGGAAGGAUCGCUCAAAAGCUGAAGAACCCUCAGAUUUAAUUGGCCCAGAGGCUCCAAAAACACUUGCGUCUCAAGAUGAUAAACCUUUGAACUAUGGCCAUGCUCUGUUACCUGGUGAGGGUGCAGCUAUGGCUGAAUAUGUUAAAGCUGGAAAACGUAUCCCACGACGAGGUGAAAUUGGCUUGACAAGUGAAGAAAUUGCAUCAUUUGAAUGCUCAGGUUAUGUAAUGAGUGGUAGCAGGCAUCGCCGAAUGGAGGCUGUGCGACUGCGAAAAGAGAACCAGAUCUAUAGUGCUGAUGAGAAGAGAGCCCUUGCAUCCUUUAACCAAGAAGAGAGACGAAAGAGAGAGAACAAGAUUCUGGCCAGUUUUCGAGAGAUGGUAUACAGAAAGACCAAAGGGAAGGAUGACAAAUAAGGAUUUUCUGGUUGCUCAGCAGACAUUUUUAACAAUGAAAAUGUCCAGAUUCUACAUGUACACACAAAGAUUGUCAUGUUCUGAAAAAGCUUUACAGUGCUCCUGUGCCUUCUAUUUAAUUCUUUCAGUCCUUCAAUAAAAAGCUGUUGAUUGAUAUAACUUUA